AUGACAGGCAUGGGUAAUUUUAACAGAAUGUCUUUAUUAAUGAGUAUUAGUGAAAUUACACCUCAAAUUUAUAUAUCUGGUCAAAUGGCUGCAACUCCAGAUCAAAUUAGCCGAUUAAGUAUCACAUACAUAAUUAACGUUGCUGUUGAGUCGUCUUCUAUUAUCUACCCAAAACAUGUUAAAUUAGAAAAAUAUGACAUUCUUGACUAUCCGACAGCGCCGAUAAGCAAUUAUUUUAAUGUUUUAACCGAUAAAAUUCAUCAACAUUUAUCCUCUAAUAAACAAAAUAAAGUAUUAAUUCAUUGUAUGGCUGGUAUUUCUAGAAUUGUUCAAACAAGUUUCGGUCAUAUACCUGAUGUAACGUUAAAUGAAAUAAAAGAAUUAAAAGGUCAACAAUCAGUAACGACAACACCAUUUUUUCCUCUGCAACCAAACGUCAACGCUAAUGUAGAUAUACCAUUUACACAAACACUACCACGAGCAAGCGGACGAGAAAUGACACUGAGCACUGGUACAUUGAGAUCACGAUCAUUAGCGGGUAACCGUCAGAUGUUACCAGCUCCAUCAACAGUAUCAUCACUCGUCAAUAGCCGUGCAAAUGACAAUGCAUAUCCAGUAUUUGCGACAAAACCAUCUGCUUUUUUGACACCAACAGCAACACGAUACGGUGUUGGUACACGUUCAAAUCCACCACCUUCCUUGCCAGCGUCUUCAUCACAAUCUACAUUACCAUUGCAGUAUUAUGUUACUAAUCGUCCUUUCGCAACCUCGUCAAAUAUGAAAACAAUCGGGACAAAUCGUCAACUAAACAAUAAUUUUUCCUUAUCAACAGCAACAAACCCUGACGCAAAACCUCACUAUGAAACAACCUAUCGCGCCAGUUUUAUCAAGCCGUUAAAUCCAUAA